AUGGCAACCUUAAAAACAGACAUACCCCAGGAGGGUACCUCCGGCAUUGCCGGAGGAGAAUCCCUCCCCGCGGCCUCGGCCGCGGGCUGCCCCUCGUAUUCUGGGGGGGGCAAAGAGUGCUAUGGAUUCACAACGACCUUGGAAACGGAAAUGGAUAUUGAAGCAAGCGGAAACAACAUAGAUUUAAGUGAGGAAAUUAGCGGAGACUCGAGCACACAGACGCAGAGUGGGAGUGGUCAGUGGCUUGAAUCUCUCGUAGAUACCGGGCGCACGCUGAGGGUCAUGCUGACGCGCUGCGACUCGUUUGGAUUGGACAGGGGCGCUACGGCGUCCAAUACCGAUUUUGACUCGGACUCUUCGGCCGCCAGCUACAUGUCGGUCGUGUCCGGAGAGUCCAACAGAAGGGCCUACCUCAAAAGAGGAAGGGGCCCUUCUGACCCGGAGGAGACAAAUGGUGCUGCUCCCGCUAAGGGGGCGGCCCAUAAAUCAAAACGUGGACGGGGCCGGCCCCUCAAUACGAAGUCAGCCGAGGACGAGGUGGCCGCAGCGCUGCGCACAGCGAGAGAGGCAAGGGCCUCUAUACCAUCCGGCCCGGCUCACCUCUCGCUGGUGGAAACCGAGGAGGACCAGACGAGUGUUGCCCUCAACAAAUGCGUUGAGGCAUCACUCAAAACGAUACUGGACGUGGCAACCAAGUCCACCAACAUAAAGGGGACACUGGUGAAAGCGCUGAAGGAGGCGGCGGCAAACAUCAAGGCCGCCGUCUCUCAGCUAAGAGAGCGGACGAUGUCGGAGGAGGUGUCGCGGCUGGAAGCAGCAAACGCGCGCCUCCAAAGAGACAUGGAGGAGCUAAGGCGCGAACUCAAGGACAUCGACAAGCGCCGACCUGCCCAGCCUGGCGAAGCAGAUAUCCGGCAGCUGCUGGAUGAAGUAUCGCGUGCCAACGUGGAAAAGUUUGGCACCAUACUCAACGCCAGGCUGGCAGGACUAGAGGAUCGUCUCCUCCCCGAACCGCGGCGCCGGCCCCCGCUGGCGGCGGACAGGAGAGAGGAAGAUGUCGCCGCCCCCGCUUCGCUCCAUAAGGCGAAAAAGGGGGCGACGAAGAAGGGACCAACGAAAGAGCCCCUGCCCACAACAUCGGGCACCGGGGCCCAGGAUCGGGCGACAACUUCGGCGGCGGCCCCAGGCGAGGCUCCGCCCAAAAAGAAAAAGAAGAAGAAGAAGAAGAAGCAGCCGAGCCUGGCCGCUAAAGAGGCCGCACAGGCAAGGGACAAGUCUGCCCCUACGCCCGCCGAAGCCCCGUGGACUACGGUAGUGUCCCGCGGGGCUAAGAAAGCGGCCAAGAAGGCGUCCAAGGGGCCGGACAAGACUCGCCCCCCCGAAAGACCGAAGGCAAAACUACGGGCCCCAAAGACCUCGGCGGUCACCCUCACUCUCGCUCCGGGAGCAGAGGAGAGUGGCACCACGUAUGCCACGGUCUUAGCCGAGGCGAAGAGCCGCAUAAACCUCGCGGAACUCGGCAUCGCCGACGUUAAGUUCCGCAGGGCGGCCACGGGCGCCCGAAUGUUAGAGGUGGGGGGCGAUGCAGCCCCGGAAAAGGCCGACUCUCUGGCCGCUAAGCUCAGGGAGGUGCUCGGCCCGGAGAAGGUCAGGAUCGGCCGGCCGGUGAAAUGCGCAGAAGUGCGCAUCACUGGCCUCGACGACUCUGUCACCGCGGCCGAGGUCGUGGAGUCAGUGGCCAGAGAGGGAGGCUGCGCGGCCGACUCUAUAAGGUCGGGCAAGCUCGCCUUCGGCCCGAGGGGGGAUGGCUCCCUCUGGCUGAGCGUGCCGGUGGCGGCCGCCAAAAAGGUGACCGACGCUGGUCGCGUGAGGGUCGGCUGGACCUCGGCCAGAGUGGUGCUGCUCGCCCCGCGGCCGACGCGGUGCUUCCGCUGCCUCGAGACGGGGCACAUGGGUGCCAAGUGCCAGUGUGAGGUGGACCGCAGCAAGUUGUGUUUCCGCUGCGGAAAGCCGGAUCACCGGGCGCGAGACUGUUCGGCAGACCCGAACUGCCCCGUCUGUGAGGCGGCGGGCAAACCGGCGGGCCACUCGAUCGGCGGCGACGGCUGCGUCACCGCCGGACAGAAGUCGGCGCGCAAAGAGAGAGGUGCGCCUAAGCGAUGGCCUCGGCGCAAGGCCAAGAAGGCCGGAGUGGAGCGGAUGGACACCAGUUCGUAA